CAGAGGGCGUGCCGAGACUGAGGGAGAGGUCGUCCUGCGGGUAUCCGGGCUGGGGAGGCUCGGAACCUGCGGUGUGCGAGGGAGCGAAAGGUGAUCAGGGCCGAAGGAGCGGACGCGCUGCAGGCGCCUCCAGUUUAUGGAUCGGGGUAAGAUGGCGGAGGCGGAGAGCCUGGAGACAGCGGCGGAGCACGAGCGGAUCCUGCGAGAGAUCGAGAGCACCGACACGGCCUGCAUCGGGCCCACGCUCAGGUCCGUCUAUGAUGGUGAGGAACAUGGACGUUUCAUGGAGAAGCUUGAAACUCGUAUCCGCAAUCAUGACCGAGAAAUUGAGAAAAUGUGCAACUUUCAUUACCAGGGCUUUGUGGACUCUAUAACUGAACUGCUGAAAGUGAGAGGAGAAGCUCAGAAACUCAAAAAUCAAGUGACGGAUACUAAUAGAAAACUACAACAUGAGGGAAAGGAACUGGUAAUAGCAAUGGAAGAGCUGAAGCAGUGUCGACUACAACAGAGAAAUAUUUCAGCCACUGUUGAUAAAUUAAUGCUGUGUCUUCCAGUCCUAGAGAUGUAUAGUAAACUGAGGGACCAGAUGAAAACUAAAAGGCAUUAUCCAGCACUGAAAACUCUGGAACAUCUAGAGCAUACCUAUCUGCCUCAAGUAAGCCACUACCGAUUCUGCAAGGUGAUGGUGGACAACAUCCCGAAGCUUCGAGAAGAAAUUAAGGAUGUUUCUAUGUCUGAUCUCAAAGACUUUCUGGAGAGUAUUCGCAAACAUUCAGACAAAAUUGGAGAGACUGCCAUGAAGCAAGCCCAACAACAAAGAAAUCUGGAUAACAUCGUCUUGCAACAACCCAGGAUAGGUAGCAAGAGAAAAUCUAAGAAAGAUGUAUAUACGAUUUUUGAUACAGAGAUAGAAAGCACUAGCCCCAAGUCUGAACAGGAUUCAGGAAUUCUGGAUGUUGAAGAUGAGGAAGAUGAUGAAGAGGUACCUGGGGCCCAAGAUUUGGUGGAUUUCUCUCCUGUUUAUCGAUGUCUACACAUAUAUUCUGUCCUGGGUGCUCGGGAAACAUUUGAGAACUAUUACCGAAAACAGAGGCGAAAACAGGCCCGUUUGGUACUCCAGCCUCCAUCUAACAUGCAUGAAACUUUAGAUGGUUACAGGAAGUAUUUUAAUCAAAUUGUAGGCUUUUUUGUUGUGGAGGAUCACAUUUUGCACACAACCCAGGGCUUAGUCAAUAGAGCCUACAUUGAUGAACUGUGGGAAAUGGCACUGUCAAAAACCAUUGCAGCCCUCCGUACCCACUCGUCUUACUGCUCUGAUCCAAACCUCGUGUUAGAUUUGAAGAACCUCAUUGUGCUUUUUGCUGAUACACUUCAGGUGUAUGGUUUUCCUGUAAAUCAGCUUUUUGACAUGCUGUUAGAAAUCAGAGACCAGUAUAGUGAAACUCUGCUAAAGAAGUGGGCAAGUAUUUUCAGAAACAUACUUGAUUCUGACAACUACAGUCCUAUACCAGUAACAAGCGAGGAGAUAUAUAAAAAGGUGGUAGGACAAUUCCCAUUCCAAGAUGUAGAGCUGGAAAAGCAAUCAUUUCCAAAAAAGUUUCCUUUCUCUGAAUUUGUGCCAAAAGUUUACAACCAAAUUAAAGAAUUUAUCUACGCCUGUCUGAAGUUUUCAGAAGAUCUUCAUUUAAGCUCAACUGAAGUUGAUGACAUGAUUCGUAAAUCUACAAACCUGUUGCUAACGAGGACUCUGAGCAACUCUCUGCAGAAUGUCAUUAAAAGGAAGAAUAUUGGAUUAACUGAGCUUGUCCAGAUUAUUAUCAAUACAACACACUUGGAGAAAUCCUGCAAGUACUUGGAAGAAUUCAUCACCAAUAUCACUAAUGUGCUUCCAGAGACAGUCCACACCACCAAGCUCUAUGGCACCACAACCUUUAAGGAUGCCAGACAUGCUGCUGAAGAAGAGAUUUAUACCAACUUAAACCAGAAGAUUGACCAGUUUCUACAACUGGCCGAUUAUGACUGGAUGACAGGAGACUUGGGCAACAAAGCUAGUGACUACCUAGUAGACCUCAUUGCCUUUCUACGUAGCACCUUUGCUGUAUUCACGCAUCUUCCUGGAAAGGUGGCCCAGACAGCAUGUAUGUCAGCUUGCAAGCAUUUAGCCACAUCCUUGAUGCAACUUUUGCUGGAAGCUGAAGUAAGACAGCUCACUUUGGGAGCCUUACAGCAGUUCAACUUGGAUGUCAGAGAAUGUGAACAGUUUGCCAGAUCCGGCCCGGUGCCUGGGUUCCAGGAGGACACGCUGCAGUUGGCCUUCAUCGACUUGAGACAACUUUUGGAUCUCUUCAUCCAGUGGGAUUGGUCAACCUACCUUGCAGACUAUGGUCAACCCAACUGCAAGUACCUCCGAGUAAAUCCAGUGACAGCUCUGACCCUGCUUGAGAAGAUGAAGGACACUAGCCGCAAGAACAACAUGUUUGCACAGUUUCGGAAAAAUGAACGAGACAAGCAGAAAUUGAUUGACACUGUGGCCAAGCAGCUCCGGGCACUCAUCAGCAGCCACCAUUCAUGAAGGCUGGCCUCGGGCUCACAGAGGCUGCUGGCUGCGGUCCACAGUCUGGGACCUGGCCCCAGCUGGCCCUGCAUCUGUGCAUUCUUCUUCAAAGAGAACAAAUGUAUUUUUUUAAUAACUAUGUACAGUAUUCACAUAACCUUUCCCUAUAGUACAAGAGGCACAAGAAGAAGCAAGGACAUAAGGUGUUGAGAGGCAGGGACUCGGGGGCAGUUACACUGUGCUCUCCAUGUUGUCCUGAAGAUGGUGGUGUCAAUCCCCAUAUGCUGGGCUGCCUUCCCUCCACGGCUCUGGAGCUUAGGUCCGGAGCUCAGAAACACAACAAAAUGGGCACUUGGCACAGGGAGGUAAGAUGCAUAGGCAACACAAUAAUAAGGUAUAUCCUGUUCACUCCUGGAUGCCCCCUCACCACGCAGGUGAGGCUGAAGCUUCGUGAUGUGAGGGAAGAACUGGGAAAGCUGUACUAGUUAGUGUGUGAAAGACGAGCGCCCAGUCCUGGAGGUUCAUCUCCUCAGCCCACUGAUGUUCACUGGCUGUAAAGCAGAAUGAUGGCUCAUCCAGCCCCCCAGGGGUGGCAGUUUCUUUAGCUACAUCUGGCCUAGAGCUUUCACUGCUGACUCCUCCGGGACAGGAUGGAGCCAAGCGUGCAUGGGUGAGACCAGCCUUCAUGACUAACAAGUCUGCCUCCAUGCCAGGAGGAGCAUUGCCGCAUCUCAAAAGCCAGUGUGAGUCGAAUCAGAACAUCCCUUCCCAGUUCAUCUCAUGUCCUUCCUUCAGGGUCAGGACGCUUAGCUCAGGGCGCAGGUCAACACUUACUUCCUUAGGUCUUCACAGAGAGUCUCAGAACUGACCCCUGCCAGCAGUGUUGUGGCGACAGGCCGGAUUCCAAAAGCCUGAUAAUGGCCCUGAUUUUACCCUUUGGUAAAACCUGAAGAUUGCGUAGGAUGGUUCCUUUGUGUUUUCAAACCAGCUUUCUGGCCACCAUCUUUAAAGGCAGUGUCACUGGCUCUGCACUGUGGGGACAGCCACAGCCGCACGGUUGCCUGUAGGGCCGGAGCCACUGUCACCGUGAGGUAGAUGGGGCCCAGGCCCAGGGCCAGUGGUUUGUUGCCUCUGGCACAGCUGUCCCUUGCUAUGUUGCAUCCUCAGCGUGAAGCUCUUCUUGUUCAGACUGGCUUCUACCCUCUGUUGAAAUCCACACAGCGGUUUUCAGGCCUCCUCUGAGAUAGUUUGUCUAUAAUCCUAUCCCACAAACUCUGGAGUUUGCGAAGUGAAUGGAUCCUGGACCAUCUAGCGCAGGGGCUGUGUCUGCUGUCCCAGGUGGGCCCCAGAUACCAACUGCAAGGUCAGUCAGAGGAGCCUGAACUUGAAGACACUUGAGGAAGAUGCUGCUGUAGCUACUCGCAAGAGUGUAAUUGUGCAUCACCAAACAAUGACAAAUAAGCCACACAGGCCUUUCCAGCUUGGAUUAGUGGGAGAGGAGGCCCAUCAAACAGAAUUCCUCACCACCCUUGUCAACCACAGAGCUGCUCUGGGGGGGAAAGUGCUUCCUUGUUCAUUCUCUACCUCCUACCAGCCCCCACCACCAUGACCCAUCACAACCUGAAAACCAAGGGGAAGAGAUUAGUACCCAGAAACACAGCUUCCCUCAGAGCUGGAGAGACCAAACCACGCGUGCGCUCCAUGGAACCUCUCUGAGGUGCGUCCUCAGGGCCAGGCGGCUGGCUGGGUCUAAGGAUGAGUGCUGCCACCUAGAACUACAGAAGCCAAGGGAAGGCAGGGGGCCCGUGGAGAUGACACCCAAGAUGCCAUCUCCCAAGCCCUGGACUUCACUGAAAGUGAGCGAGAAAUGAUUACUUUGACCUCAAGCUCCCUCCACCAGUCCCACAUUUGCAGCCAGACCUCCAUCAGCUUUGAGCGCUGAGACUUUUGAAGUGGAUUGCAGAAAACCUUAAGCAAGUCACAGUUUUUUGUCUCUUCCAAGAGUGAUUCUUGCUGGUUUGGGCUUAUAUCUGUCCCCUGGGAGAACUGUGCUAUACAGGAAAAAGUGAUCUGGGUGGGGGAAUGGGGGUUACUCUGGACCUUGCACACACCUUUCUUUAGAAGUUCCUUUAAAGAAAAAGCCUAUUCAGCCCAAGACUCAUGAGGGCAGCCCCUUUGGUGGGUCUCUUCUUCCCGCUCAGCCUGCUUUCAGUCUCCCCAGCAAAACCGUGUGCUGUCCUGAGUUUUCUGGGGAGACACGUUCUUGGUGGGUGGAGAAAAAUGGACCAGCAACAUCCAAGGUGUUCAAACUGGUGAAGUCGGGUUCUGUAGUUUUGUCUAUAGGCCUCUGGCUUGAGGAGACUUAUGCACAGCAUAUAUGCCCACGCCCCUCAGAGUUCUAAGAUCUGGCCUCAGAUGCCCAUAGAUGUAGAAGUGCCCUAGGGGGCCUCAAUAAGAGCAUAAGCACAUAGGUGGCUUGAAGCCUCCUGGCUCUAUUGUUGGUAUGAACCCUUGGCCAAGUUCUUGGGGAAACCAGGUCCAUAUUUCUGAAGGCACAGCCUGGUUUGGAAUCCUAGUUAAUACAUUAAUAUAGGCAGCUUGCUUAGUUUUCACAUUCAUAGGAAAAUCUUUGAGUAAACUAUAAAUGAAGCUGUUGGGAGUAGGGAAGAACAGGAGCUGGAAAUUAGAACUACCAGUCCCUGUUGACAAAGGGAAUGUAGAACCUCCAGGAAGUGUUCCCCAGAGUUUUCACUCAUGUCAGGCCUAACAGUCUCCCAGGCCUCAAAGCCAGCCUAGCUGCAGUGCACGCUUGACAAGUGCUUGCUCAGCAAGUCCCAGACCCGGGGCCCUUUAUCCCCAAGAUUGGCACUGGCCAUGACCUUCCUCAUAAGGCCUGUGAGCCACACUCCCUGGGGCCUGCUGCAGAAAUCCCCCUACCUUAGUCUCCCUUCUCCCAGGACUCUUCCUGGCUUCAAUUGCCUCUUUUUCUUUCUUUCUUUCUUUCUUUUUUUGUUUGCCUGCAUUUGCAAUUACUUUACACUACUGUGUUGGCAAUGGCUUUUUUUUUUCACAAAUAGUUACACAUGUGUGGAGAAAAUUUAGGAGAGUCCAUUUUUUUUAACUCUAAAGGGAACUUUUUUCUUUAAAACUCACCAGGAAAGCUACUGAUACAUAGUCAGGCCUCAUGAUUAGUGGAAAACCUCUUAUGUAGAAAGAGCAUGUUUAUUCCUCCUGUACAUUUCCCUCUUUUAACUGCUAUUAAAGAAGAGAGCCUAUGUACCUA